AUGCAUUCAUCCAUGGCCCAACAAGAAGUGGUUCAUGCAUACCGUCAGCUUUAUCGACAAGGGUUGAAAGCUAUCCGGUACGCCACUCCAGCCCGACAUGUCUUACGAUCGUCCUUACGUGAUUCCUUUCGCUCCUGUCCGCGUGAAGAGUUUGAUUCUUCGAGAGUCUUCAACACGAUUCGAUUUCUUGAACGGGCCACCGAAUACACAGGUUAUGAACACAAGAUUUUGAGGAAUCUUUUGCUUAUAAAAUACUGGGCGAUGCCCAAUAUUGCCAAAGAGUCUCGCGUAUUAAAGGUGUUAGGUCUUGCAAAUGCCGAGGAUAGACUACGCAAAAAUGCGUAUGAACACUAUUACCUGACAUUGGAACGACUGAAUGAGAGCAUAGGAACCUGCCUGAAGUGA